AUGGACGCUCUAUCAGAAGCAAACGGCACCUUUGCAUUAAACCUUUUGAAAAAGCUGGGGGAAAACAACUCAAACAACAUAUUUUUUUCACCCAUGAGCAUGUCGUCAGCCUUGGCCAUGGUUUUCAUGGGAGCGAAGGGAAACACUGCAGCCCAGAUGUCUCAGGCACUCUCUUUUAGUAAAAUUGGAGGUGAAGAUGGAGCUAUUCACCAAGGUUUUCAGUCACUUCUUGCUGAAAUUAACAGAGCUGGUACUCAGUACUUGCUUAAAACUGCUAACAGGCUCUUCGGAGAAAAGUCUUAUGACUUCCACACAUGUUUUACAGAUUCCUGUGGCAAAUUCUACCAAGCAAAGCUAAAGCAGCUUGAUUUCCUGAAUGAUUCAGAGAAGUCCAGAACACACAUAAAUAACUGGAUUGCUGAAAAAACUGAAGGUAAAAUUACAGAGAUGCUCUCUCCAGAUUCAGUUGAUUCAUUGACUAAGCUGAUUCUCGUGAAUGCCAUCUACUUCAAAGGAAACUGGGAAAGUCAGUUUGUGAAAGAGAUGACCAGGGAAAUGCCUUUUAAAAUUAGCAAGAACAAAGAAAAACCUGUGCAAAUGAUGUUUAAGGAAUCCAUCUUUAAAAUGACCUAUGUAAGGAAAAUAUCCAGCCAAAUUCUAGUGCUUCCCUAUGUUGGAAAGGAACUGAAUAUGAUCAUUUUGCUUCCCAAUGAAGACACUGAUUUGAAAAUGGUGGAGAAAAAACUUUCUUAUGAGAGAUUCAUAGAAUGGACAAACCCAGACAAGAUGCAUGAACGAGAGAUGGAAGUUUUCCUUCCUAGAUUUAAACUAGAGGAAACUUACAACAUGGAGGAUGUCCUUCGCAGUAUGGGCGUGGUCGAUGCCUUUGAACAGGACAGGGCAGACUUCUCAGGAAUGUCAUCUAAGAAGGAUCUGUACUUGUCCAAGGUCAUGCACAAGUCCUUUGUGGAGGUCAAUGAGGAAGGUACAGAAGCAGCAGCAGCUACCACCGAAGAAAUAGUUUUAUGUUGUGCCAGUUACUCCCUCAGGUUCUGUGCAGACCAUCCCUUCCUUUUCUUCAUCCAGCACAGCAAAACCAAUGGUAUUCUCUUCUGUGGCCGGUUUUCGUCUCCAUAA